AAAAAGGGCAAAAACUAAGGGUCCCCAUAAAUGUUGUUUUGCAGUAAAGCUUUGAGUUUCAGUGUUUUCUCUCUCUCUCUUUUCUCUGAUUUCAGAUCCGAAGGAAGCUUUUCACAUAAGCAAUUUUUUUUUCUCAUUUUUCUUCUUAAAGCUACAGAAAAAUUGGUUAACUGCUAAAUACUAUACACUAAGCUGAUCUCUUCACUGGAUUUUUUUGAUUCUUUUUCAAAGCUCGAGCUUUUUCAGUAGCAAAACUCUUAACGCCGUUUCUUAUGUAAGACUUAAGAGACAAGACAAACAUCAUGUUCACUGAAGGACUUGACAACAAUGCCCUCAAAUGGGUUCGAGAAAAGGAGCUUCCAUAUUCAAAUUCUAGCUUAAGGCCUCGAAUGGAUCCGAUUACCAACAUCCGCUCCGGUGGCCGGAAUUUCGGCUUGCCACCGACGGCGAAAUUCAGGAGCGGUCAUUUGCCGGUGACCUCCACUACUUUGUCCGUAGACGAAGAAUCCGCUUCUGAAAAUGACGUAACUACCGAGUCAGAGGAAGAUACUGUUUAUGGGGGGAGGUAUUCUCUUGAUUCUUCUCCUCAAGAUGAAAGAAUCCCUAACGGAACUGCUCAGAGAUACGGGAACAUGGCCCAAAGGCGGCCGCGAUAUACCACUGCUAGUGAUUAUACAUAUUCAGAUGUUAGUUCUUCAAUGGAGACGAUAAUGGGAGGGAGAAGAGGUAGUUUGGAGGGUAGGUUAGGGAGGGGCAAUGGGAGAUACCCUGUUGGGAGGGAUGGGUUUACAGAGGAGGACGAGUCUUCGGAUUCGGCUGGUAGCUCCGAGUUUUCAACUACACAAGUGGGGAGUAUUAAUGGUGGAAUUCCUCGGGGUAGAGCAUAUGUCUCAGAAGGCUAUGCAUCGAGUGUACCAUCUCGGGUUAACGUGGGAGGUGCAGCUCAGAAGGAUUUGAAUUCUCGAAAGCUACAGGAUGAAAAGUUUUCUGAUGAUGAUAUUCCAAGUGCACCGCCAUUUUCUAGCUCAGUGCAGGAAGCUAAACAAGAUUCUCGGCAAAUUCCAGUGACUGAAAUAGAAAGUGCCAAGGUUGCAGCUAAUUCAUGUGAUCCAAAGACAUUCAAAUCGAUGUCAGGAGUUGAGCCUGAGCUUAACAUGAGUCACAAAAAAUCGAACGAGUGUGUAAGAAAUGAUGUUGGUGCAGAAACUGCUACUACAUCAGGUGUUCAUCCAGCUCGCGUCCCCACAUUUCAUGCGAGUGCUCUUGGACCUUGGCAUGCUGUAAUUGCCUAUGAUGCAUGUGUUCGACUUUGCCUUCAUGCUUGGGCUAGGGGUUGCAUGGAGGCUCCAAUGUUUCUGGAAAAUGAAUGUGCACUUUUACGAGAGACAUUUGGAUUACAACAAGUUCUGUUGCAAUCAGAAGAAGAACUAAUGGUAAAACGCUCAUCAGAGCUUACCAGUGAGGCAGCUGCUGCUAAACCUAAGAAAAUUAUUGGCAAGAUGAAGGUGCAAGUGCGCAAAGUAAAAACAACCCUGGAUCCACCUACUGGCUGUAGUAUCUCAUCUCUUAGUCUUAGGGCACCAACAAUUAAGCUGGGGAACAUACGGUAUCACUUGACCAGUUUCCAGUCAACACUCGCUUCAAGGUGGCACGCUCUUAGAAAGCUUCGUGUUGCACCUCGUUUACCUACAAAUGGUUCUUUCUCACGCCAAAGUUUAGCAUAUGUGCAUGCUGGAACUCAGUAUAUAAAACAAGUAUCCGGACUGCUGAAAAUUGGUGUGACAAGUUUACGCAAUAGUUCAUCAUCAUAUGAAGUUGUGCAAGAAACAUACUCUUGUGUGCUGAGAUUGAAAAGUUCAACUGAAGAAGAUGGCAAAAGGAUGCAGCCUGGAUCUGGUGAAACACAUGUUUUCUUCCCCGAUAGUUUGGGAGAUGAUCUGGUUGUUGAAGUUCAAGACUCCAAGGGGAAGCAAUUUGGUCGUGUCCUUGCACAAGUGGCUACUAUUGCUGAAGACUCGACUGACAAGUUGCGGUGGUGGCCCAUAUUUCGCGAGCCAGAACAUGAGCCUGUAGGGAAGCUGCAGUUGUAUAUAAAUUACUCAACAAGUUCGGAUGACAAUAGUCAUCUCAAGUAUGGUUCUGUUGCCGAAACAGUUGCAUAUGACCUAGUGUUGGAAGUUGCAAUGAAGGUUCAACGCUUCCAACAACGAAACUUGCAUUUAUAUGGUUCAUGGAAAUGGCUGUUAACGGAGUUUGCCUCAUAUUAUGGAGUUUCUGAUGUCUACACCAAGCUAAGGUAUCUUUCCUAUGUAAUGGAUGUUGCUACACCCACUGCAGACUGUCUCACAUUGGUGCAUGAAUUGUUAAUGCCUGUUAUUAUGAAGGGCCACAGUAAGAGUACAUUGAGUCAUCAAGAGAACCGAAUUUUGGGAGAAACCAAAGAUCAGAUCGAGCAGAUUCUUUCUCUGGUUUUUGAGAACUACAAAUCCCUUGAUGAAUCGUUACUCUCUGGCAUUAUGGAUGUCUUCAAGCCUGCAACAGGGCUUGCAGCACCUGCACUUGAACCCGCUGUCAAGCUUUAUAGUCUUCUACAUGACGUUUUGUCUCCAGAAGCACAGAAAAAUCUUUGUCAUUAUUUCCAGGCCGCUGCAAGAAAGAGAUCAAGAAGGCACCUGGCUGAGACAGAUGAAUUUAUUACAACCAACAAUGAACCCAAUUUUUUGGACCCAGUUGCUAUGUCUACUGCUUACCAGAAGAUGACAAGUCUUUGUAUGAACAUUAAGAACGAGAUAUUCACUGAUAUCGAGAUUCACAAGCAAGAUAUACUUCCCAGCUUUAUAGACCUACCAAAUCUCUCAGCAUCUAUAUACAGCACAGAACUUUGCAGCAGAUUACGUGCAUUCCUUCUUGCAUGCCCACCAUCUGGCCCUUCACCACCUGUGGCAGAACUUGUCAUUGCAACAGCAGAUUUCCAGCGAGAUCUUUCCAGCUGGAAUAUAAGUCAUGUGAAAGGUGGAGUUGAGGCAAAGGAGUUGUUCCACUUAUACAUCAUGAUAUGGAUUCAAGAUAAGCGGCAAUCUCUACUAGAGUCAUGUAAAUUAGAUAAGGUGAAGUGGUCAGGAGUUAGAACGCAAUAUUCUACAACUCCUUUUGUUGAUGAAAUGUAUGAUCGACUGAAGGAGACCUUAAGCGAUUAUGAAGUCAUCAUCUGCCGGUGGCCUGAAUAUAUUUUUGUGCUGGAAAAUGCUAUUUCGGAUAUUGAGAAAGCAAUAGUGGAAGCUCUGGAUAAGCAAUAUGCAGAUGUGGUAACUCCUUUGAAGGAAAACAUGGCACCAAAGAAAUUUGGCCUCAAGUACGUGCAGAAACUUGCUAAGCGAUCUGUAUGCGCCUACACUGUUCCUGAUGAGCUGGGCAUCCUGUUGAAUUCUAUGAAGAGGAUGCUUGAUGUGCUACGUCCGAAGAUAGAGACACAGUUCAAGUCUUGGGGUUCUUGCAUACCUGAUGGUGGAAACACAGCCCCUGGUGAGCGUCUUAGUGAGGUUACCGUGAUGUUGAGAACCAAGUUCAGAGGGUACCUGCAAGCUGUUGUUGAAAAACUUGCUGAGAAUACCAAAUUACAGAAUGCGACAAAGUUGAAAAAGAUUCUCCAAGAUUCUAAAGAAACAGUGGGAGAAUCUGAUAUACGAAGUAGAAUGGAGCCACUGAAAGAACAGUUAACAAGUACAGUAAAUCACCUUCAUACAGUUUUUGAGACUCAAGUUUUCAUUGCUAUCUGCCGAUGGUACUGGGAUCGAAUGGGACAGGAUGUUCUCAGCUUCCUGGAAAACAGGAAAGAGAAUAGAUCAUGGUAUAAAGGUUCCAGAAUUGCUGUAUCUUUGUCAUUAUGAAGUUUGCAUUGAUGCACUGGUUAUGUCAUUUCUUGAUUUCUCCAUUGAAAUCCUCAAAAUUUUUUCAUGUUCAGUUUUUUUGUUUUUUGACAUUGUACCCUGUUGUUGAUACGCAGAUACUGGAUGAUACUUUUGCGUCACAGAUGCAGCAGCUCGUUGGCAAUGCACUCCCGGAAAAAGACCUUGAGCCACCUAGGUCAAUAAUGGAGGUGCGGUCGAUGCUGUGUAAGGAUGCUCAUAAUAGUAAUGACAACUCAUUCUUUUACUAAGCACAGUUUUUGGGUAGAGAGAGAUGAAUGAGUUUGGUGAUUCACGCACAUUAUACAUGGAAAGCCUCGAGAUAUAGAAAACCACCCAACAAAAGCAAAAAACAUGGAGAUAUAGUAGUUGCCACACAGAUGAUCUCUGAUCUGAAUAGCCUUAUAAAAGAUUAGAUGAUUGAAUUUGGUCAUCUUGUUAUUUGUAUAUGUAAAAUAUGAUACAAUUUUGUGGCUAUUAACUAGCUCUUCUUCAAGUUUUGAAAGGGAGCAAGUGACUCAACUGCUCUAAAUUCAUAGCUUCUCUCAAAUCAUAUAUAUAAACCAUAAUUAAUAA